AUGAUAGGACCUUCAGGAGGACCUCCAGGAGUCGGGAUAGAGUCUGCGUCACAAGAUCCUCCUAUUAAGGCUCAACUUUCAUUGGUCACCAUUUAGAUUGGUCACCGAGAUCGAAGAGGAGACCCCUGGAGAGAACAGGGGACGAAAGCUAAGGGAAAACAAUGGGAGAGGUGUGCUGUAGGAGCUCUUGUUCCUUCAGAAUGAUCAGUGACUGCUGACCUUUAAUCCUAGCUAUGCCUUUUUUCCUUCCUUUUGGUCGGGCAACAGUGGCCAACAGGUGGAGUCGAACGAGGCGUCUACUGACACCUUGCCUGCUCAAGACCGAUCCUUGUAUCGUCGAGGCGGCGCCGCUCCUGGAGGUGCACGUCGUCGCGGACAUGAACGACGUGACGACACGAGGAUUAAGGCUUUGCCGAAUCCAUCUUCUUAGGCAUUCUCGAGAGGCUUUUCACGGGAGAAGACGCCGAGGAUGCAACAUCAGAAGAUGGACAUUAAGAGGCUGAGCUCUAAAACGCCCACAGGGACGAGCGGAUCUCUCUUUCUGUCCGCCACGAUGUCGUCGCUCGCUAGUAGUCUGGGCUCCAUGUUCCACCAAAAUUUUCGACUAGGGAAUCCACAUCCGGAACACCAGGUACUAGACGACCCGGAUUAAGGCUACAAGAAAUCCAUCUUCACCGUCAUCCUGGUCCCGUUUUUAAAGAGAAAAGGAGACCCAAAAUGUUACUGAAGAUGGAUUUCUCUUAGUUCUAACCGGAGAUGAACGGAGGAGGUGGAACUACUUCGCAAGGUCUCGCAUCUUCGUCAAAUGCUUUGCUCGGAACGUCCACACGGGAACUGAGAAUGAGUAAUCAUCUGGUCCAAAGACAGGCGUCAGGAAAUCCCAGUAACUUCUCGGAUCCGCCUGAUGACGAAGAUCAAGGCCUCCAAGUCGUGGGUCCCGCCACAUCAAACCAAGAAGAUCUGAGUGCGUCAAGGCAAAGCACUCGUUCGGAACCCACAGCUUGCGCCAUCUGCCUCAGUGCAGAUCAGAACCGCCUCACGGGACCAAAAGUUCGGGUUCAAGCGUGUGGCCACCAAACGCUACACCUGCUCUGCCUCAACGACUGGGUGCAGCGUGGAAACAGUCGCCGCUGUCCCAUCUGUCGCGCGUAUAUGGGGGCGCAUUGGGUAAACUCCAAUAUCAUCCAACGAGUGCAAAGGGAAGGCGAUUUGUACGGUGCGGAGGCGAUUGAGCGCAUUAUGCGUGAAGAAGAGGCUGCGAGGUUGGUUGCACAGCAAGCAGGAGAACCUUCUAGUACUACUUCUGGCGUUGAUAAUGUUACGGGUUACAUGUUACAUUGCAUCCCCUACCACAAUUCCCUGACUCUACUUUUUGAAGUACCUAAAAAAAUUCAAGGGUGUUCUUAGAAGUGCAAAAAUUUUGCAGUCUCUAAUAAUGAUCAGCUGCCAGGGGUCGAUAUCAACGACGCUGCUGCGAUCGCGACGAGUGAGCAUGAAAUCAUCCAUCUUGGCAUACCUCCAGGUCCCGUUGGAUCUCGUGACACGUCUGGCGAUGCCCAUGCUGCAACAUCAAGAGGGGCAUUGCUUUCUUCGUCUAGAGGUGUUGGCUUUUCCUCUGGCACCACUCGUGGAGGAGGUCCGACCUACGUAGCUCCUUCCGCAACGACAUCGGCCUCUCCUGGCGACGACGAAACCGGUCUGAAUGGAACGCCAUAUGGUACUAUUCGACGCCAAUUUCGUCGUCUUGGAGCACUACGCAUGCAACGACGCAAUCGGGACAACAUUAGCACAAUGUUAUGAAUGUUCUGAUAGAUCUCGAUCUGUUUUUUUUAGGCACUCGAAUGUUGAUGUUUUUUGUCUACUUAUUAAAACGGACCCUAAGAAGAUAAAGAUCUUCAAUGGCCGCAAGAAAUAUGCACUCCUCUCUAAAAAUAUCCGACCCUGACUCCUCCAGCGCAUCCUUAUUCGCAGCAGCUGCAAUCGAAAGCAGCAGUGACCCGUCGUCCUCGUAUAAUCGGAUGAAUAUCCGCUCUGCAGUUUUAGUUCCAGCUCCAAGACAGAUCAGCAUGGAGGGAUCUCCUACUCCAUCUUCCGGAGGAAAUCGAUUGGCGCAGAGCGGGUCUACGGUCCACCGAAAUCCAGAUCGACAGAUGCGGUUUAACGAGCUAGCUCUUGAAAAUGUGAAUGGCUUGAGGCAAUAUGAAGAUUUGGAAGCAGCGUCUGCUGAGGACGACCCGGAUGAGAGAACGUUAUGAAGGGCACUCUUGUUCUCGUCUUUGGCUCUGCCUCUAUCCUUUGUCUCUGUAUCUAAAUCUAUGUUGUUCCUAUUUAAAGAAUUUCAAUUUUAUACAGCCUAGUCGUCGUGGUCAUCGUGUACAGCGAACCGUUAGGAAGAGCAGUAGAUUUUUAACUGGCAAACGAGAUGUGCGAAUCGCGAUCGUUUGUGCAUCCACUUUUGCCUUGACUCCUUUCUAUUCUCAUCUCUAGACCCAUGAAUGGCACGAGGCCUUCAAGGUCGUCGUUUCUACUCUAAUCUCUAGACCCAUGAGUGGUAUGAGGCCUCAGAAUAACGAACUCCGGUUCCUCGAAUUCGAAAGGGAGUGCACUCUCUUGCGUGAACUUUUUUUCGAUUGCUGCAUCAUGGAAAUCUGCUGUAAGAACGCGAAGUGUUGGGCUGGUAUAUUAAGGCAAAAAAAAGAAAAUUGGUCUAGUAAAGCAUCCUUCUUCAAGAACAUCAUUCUUGGCCCUUCUUCUACUUGGAAAAGAAACACUACGACGCCCUUUGGCAGUCUGCACUGAACUCUGUGCGAGAAUGAUUUUCUUGUAUUGUAUUGUAUUGUAUGGCACCAGGGAUGCGAACGCGGCUGCUCUAAGCGUAUGCGUCGCAGGGUGUAUUGGUUGCUGCUAUCAGGACCAGAGAUGGGUUGAAGGCGAACGCGAGGUCUGCUUACGGCUACAACUGCAGCUAAAUAGACUACAGCCAAAAAAGCUAGAAAUUAAAGCUAAAUAAAGGUGAAAUUGUUUCUCGUCCAAAUGUUGAUACCUCCUUAAUCACUUCUAUGGUUUUUAUUUUUUGCUACCUCUAACCACUAUGCAGAAUUACUUCCCAGAAUAUAGUGUUCCGGACUACAUGACCCGCGGUUUUUCCCAUUACAACGAAGGCGGAAGCCACAUCCUCUUCACGCUGAGGGACUAUCUCGAUGAUGAAAAUAGAACCAGGGAUGAUGCGCAAUACGGUCACGGAGGAGGUAGAGGUCAUCUUCCACAUGGUGGAGCUGGAGCUCCUGAUGCGAAAACUUUCGCUGAAGCGCAGGCAGAUGAAGUGGUAAUUGACCCAAAUAAUGAGUCAGUUUCGAGCUCAGCUGUGCUUCCGAGUAACUCAGACACCUCAUCUGCGCGUUCACCGAGUGAAUCUUCUACAAGCGACGUGGCGCCGCCAGCUGGCGCCCGCUCUCUCAGAGCCGGCCAGGUAGUGCACCCUGGCCAUCUGGACUGGCAUCCACACGGAAACUCACAGCGUGACGGAAAUGAUGAUUAAGGCUCAUUUCAUGGUGAAUUGUGCAUCUCCCGUGUAGACUAUCACUACUAGACUUACACAGAAUACAAGGUGAACGUCGUCUCAUGUCGAGUCACUCAGUAAAGCACUACCCUCAACACACAAACGCGAUAAUCGCCGAUAAUUAGUCCUUUACAAGAACACGAAAAAAUAGGCCACGUUCUAAAAUAGCGAAGAGCGACACCACCACAUGCAUUUCGAGAACUAUCGCUUUGUGUCCGAUGAGGAAGCGCGACAACAUGUCGACGAACAGCGUUGGGACGCCUUAAAGCGGCAUUUUGGUUAUGGUGGGUCUUGUUGUGCUGAUUAGUUGCAGUGACAAAUGUAGCAGUGACGAAUAGCAGUACGGAUCUAGUUCUAGUAUUUGGUGUGUAAGUUCCUUCAAAUAAUACUGUCAGUGUCUUGGCAUUCCGUCAUGUUGUUCACUUUCAGAACUUAUCUCUACUUUCUCGAGUAGCGGUGCUAUCAGGGAUACGCACAUUCAUACAGACAGACAUACGCACAUAAGUACCUACAGACAGACAUACAUACAUUAGUUUUCGCCUCUACAAAAUUAGGCUUAUCCCGUGCAAAAAUACACACACAUACAUACAUACAUACAUACAUACAUACAUACAUACAUACAUACAUACAUACAUACAUACAUACAUACAUACAUACAUAAAUACAUACAUACAUACAUACAGGAUUUUUUGGAGUAAAAAAAUAUCGCACGUCACAUCGCUGCUUCUUGGAAAAAGAUGCGGGACAUACACAUAGGCUUCUAAUCCUACCUGAAGGAGUCAGACUUCAGUCAGGAGCUGAUCUACCUGCGUUGCAUGGCUAAGCCAGGACCUGGAUUCAUAGACAGCCAAUUGCGCAUGCGUGACCACGACAAAAAGUCAGGUCGAGAAUAUUCCGGAAGGGAAGAUUAUGAAUGGCUUGUUAUUCUCACUUUUUUUGAUGUACUUAUUUAUAUUAGUCCCAACAAGAUCGUUAAAUCAAUGCCUUACACUCUUUGGCUUUAAAGUUAUAUAUUAGUCCACACAUCAACUGACUCUUAAUCUGGUACUAACGUAGCGAUAGAAGUAGUCCACACUCUUAAUCUGGUACUAAGACUUAGCGAUAGAAGUACGUAGUCCACACUCUUAAUCUGGUACUAAGACUUAGCGAUAGAAGUAGUCCACACUCUUAAUCUAGUACUUACUUAGCGAUAGAAGUACAAGUAGUUCACUAAAUAGCCAAUAAUAGAUAUUUCUAGUAGGAGGUACUAGGACUAAGUUCAGUGAAGAUUGCUAUAUUUAUGUGAAAUGGAUCUUUCUAACACAAUGACACACGACAGAAGGUCUAUUAUGAGACGGUUGGCCACGAGCGCCGACAAGGAAGCAGUCCCUGGUCUGAGGAUGACGAGGGCACUGAUGUAAAAAAUGGAGGUGCACAGGAGGAACAUGAACGUGAUAAAGAUGCACGUAGAAGUAGUCAGUCGAGUCCAGAAGGGACGCUCCUGAGGCACCGACUCCGUGGAAGUACUGACGUUGCUGCUUCUUCAAACGAAAGUACUAAAACGAGCAGUGCUGGCAGGAAUCGACCGACGGAGGAGGCAUCUUCGGCCCCUGAUGCUGGUGCUCGCAUAAAAACUGAAUAGCUAUUCCGUGAUUCAAGACGUAUUUGACUCUUAUUGUACUUGAUUCGCAUGGCUCUGCAGGCCUCCUUAUACAGUGUUGUUGUUUGCGAAAUACAAUUUAUUUUUGAGAAUAUCGACCUACUUGUCAUCACGCGAUUCACAGACACAAACCAGAAACACACAAGAUACUCACCUAUAGAUACAUAGCUCUGUACAAGAAUUACAAUAAUGUGAGUACUCGAAGUGUAAAAAAUGUUCUUUCUCAUAUUGUUGCUCACUGGGAUUGCAUGCUACCUCAUCGGAUGAGAACACGAUUUAGCUCAUGACGCUGGCUUUACGACUGUCUCUGCCAUAUUUGCUGUCUGAGAAACUUGGACUUUAUUUACAUGGAUUAGAAAAACUUGACGUUCUUGGAUACUCCAACUCCACAACCACGGGCAAGGCUAUCGUCUCCAUAGGCGUUGAGUACUUGGGCCUUUCUGGGCGGUUAUAGGGCACUGAUUCCGUUCGUGUUAUUCUGCGACUUCCUGGGACGAAGCGAAGGAUGGAGAUGCUUCACUUUUUCUCUUUUCUCUCCUAAAGGUAGGCUUCUAUUCCGUGGGGACAGCCCAUGCUUGCAGUAGGCGUACACGUAAUGAAGAAUUAUAUGGACUCGAUCUUGUUAUUUACUGAAUAGUUUUGCAAUUUGUAGAUGUACUGCUACUGAAUAGGCAGCUCGAACAAGUCGAAAAAACAACAUGGACGAUCAUGUUGCUUCGUCCAGAGCUGAGGAUCCGCAGUCCUCUGGUGAGUCUCAGCAACGUGGCAGUUUGGAAAUCCGGACUUUGGACUUGGCGCAAGACAACGUUGUCCGAGAGAACCUGUAUCUCGCUAUGCUGUCACCUGUUUCGGAAAAUCCCGACUCGCCUCUGAAUGAGAUAUCUCGUGCUGCUGGUUCUUCGUAUAACGAGGAUCAUAGUGGAACUUCUCACAAAAGUUCUAGAAUAAAGAAUC